UUAUUCGUCAGUACUAAGAUGGACUAAUCUACAGAAGCAGUUUAUUCAAGUAUCACCCAGUGUGCCAGGAGGAACAGGAAUUUCUCAGUGAUUCCUCCCUCCCCCCCUUUAAACUUCAUUUUACAAACUUGAAUCAGAGUGCUAACAUUAAGAAACUGGAAAUAAAAUUUCUCAGGUUGAAUAUUCUUUUUAGAAGAACUUGACAAACGUACAAGGAAAGUGCACUCUGUGACGACAUGAGCGAAUAUAUGCUCCUCCUCCUCCUGACUUUGUGCUCAGCUAAGCCUUUCAUAAAUCCUUCCUAUUUCACAUUAAAGAAUAUGAUGUUCAUGGAUAUGGAAGAGAUGGAUGAUGACGACGACGAUGACAACGAUGAUGACAAGGAUGAUGAUAAUUCUCUAUUUCCAACUAGGGAACCCUUAAUACCUUUUGACAUAUUUCCCAUAUGUCCUUUUGGAUGUCAGUGCUAUAUGAGAGUUGUCCACUGUUCUGAUUUGGGUUUGACCUCAAUACCAAGAAAUAUUCCUCCUGAUACUCGUAUGUUAGACCUUCAAAACAACAAAAUUAAAGAGGUCAAGGAAAAUGAUCUUAGAGGACUCACAUCACUUUAUGCACUUGCCUUGAACAACAACAAAAUAACCAAGAUACACCCCAAAGCCUUUCAAUCCACAAAGAAAUUGCGACGUCUCUACUUGUCCCACAAUUACUUAACUGAGAUCCCAGCAAACCUACCAAAAGGUUUAGCUGAGAUAAGAAUUCAUGAUAAUAAGGUUAAAAAGGUACACAAAGAAGUUUUUAAAGGAAUGAAGGCUUUGCAUGUUCUAGAAAUGAGUGCAAAUCCUCUUGAUAAUGAAGGAAUAGAACCUGGAGCAUUUGAAGGUGUGACAGUCUAUCACAUAAGAAUAGCAGAAGCUAAAUUAACCUCUAUUCCUAAAGGGUUACCAUCCAGUCUACUAGAACUUCAUCUAGAUGACAACAAAAUUUCUGCGGUAGAACUUGAAGAUUUUAUUCGGUAUAAAAACCUUCAAAGGUUGGGGCUGGGAAACAACAGAAUCAAAGAUGUAGAAAAUGGAAGUUUUGCAAGCAUACCAAGUAUACGAGAAAUACAUCUAGAAAAGAACAAACUGAAGAAAGUCCCUCACGGCCUUCCAGAUCUGAAGUAUCUACAGGUUGUCUUCCUUCAUUCUAACAAUAUUUUGAAAGUGGGAGUGAAUGAUUUUUGUCCAACAGGAGGAAGGCUGAAGAAAACUUUGUACAGUGGCAUUAGCCUAUUCAACAAUCCUGUUAAAUACUGGGAUGUCCAGCCUGGAACAUUUCGCUGUAUAUUAAACAGAAACAGUGUUCAAAUUGGAAACUAUGGAAAAUAAUAUUAUAUAGUUAAAACAUCAGUUAAACAAAAAUAUCAAAACCAGCAUCAUAGUACUUGAAAUCUGUUGGACAGCUUAAUACUGUCCAAUUAUCUUAAAACAGCUACAAUUAUUUCAGAGUUUGUAAAUUAGUAACAUAAAAUACCACAAAUGCCUUUUGAUUUAUUCAUUUAAAUUUACCACUCAUGAAAAUAGAACCCAGGCCAUUGUUUCCUAUCAAAAUGUCAAAACUAUCUGUCAUAUAGACUGUUUUUUCUUAGCAUAAAAUAAUACAAAGACAUAAAAAACUGUCUCCUAUUAAACAAAUUGUUUCUGUAUUGUCUUGUUUAUAAAGUAUAUAUCAAAUUUUAAGUAAAAGUUGUGAACCUUUAAGUUAAGUAAACUAGCUAAGAAAAAAACCAUUAAAACGUACUGUACUAGUAACUGAUACUCUAAUCAGACUAGAUAAUAUUUAAUCAUGGUAGUCAACUGAAAGGCAAGAUUGAAACUGUACACUUAAUAACCUCAAAGCCUUUAGUAUUUAUUCAUGAAGUUUUCCUUACAACUGUAUACUACCUUUGGCAACAAAUAUGUAUGUAUGAUGACUAUUAAAAAUUUAGAAAUGUA